ACCGUUCUGUGCAAUAACCUCGACAGUUAAGAUGGCUGGAGUACCGACGGCGUCGUCGCCAAUAACGCAAGUGUCGCAGGUGCCGACACAGACGAACCUUGGCCAACCGAAUCUACUGACAAGACUACACCUGGACCUGAGGGGGAGACGUUUCACAGUCGACCGAGAAACCAUCAUGAAUCUCCCAGAAUCAGUCUUGCUAUGUCUCUUUCCGAAUGGCCUCGUCUUGAGCCGGCAAAGCGUUGCAAUGUCGGACGGCGGGGAUAACGAGGAGGACGAGGAGGUGUACGGCGUGGACUUCGAUCCAGACUGCUUCGCGUACGUGCUAGCGUUCUUCAAAAAUGCGGCCGAUGCAUUUUAUGGGACGGAGAACUCGCCAGGCCUGUUCGCCGCCCAGCAGCACCUGAUGGACGGAUCUCCGUCACCUGACCUAGGCCCCUCGCCGUCACAAAACCCGCUGCUCACCAAGCAGGCUAUCAUCGUGCUCCGAGAGGAGCUCGAGUACUUUUCAAUACCGCCGAAAGGGACCCCCGCCGGGACAGACGAGCACGGGAUAGCGAACGCCGCCCUCAUCGACGUCAAGCGGAAGUGCGGGGGGUAUCUCUUGGAGAAGCGCAACAUAUUCACCGCGCUGCAACGUAACGUUCAUAAGGAGAACAAUAUUGCCGAGCAGCACCUUAUCGACAUGCUGUGUAUGAGUGGAUUCGACCGCGAGGAUGAAUGGGGAUACCGCGCGCUCGAACCAAAUAGGUGCUGUAUAUCGUCAAUAGCUCUGGUCCUAUUAAAGACCGGCAUUGUACACCACUCCCCCGGUCCGAACGGGGAGCCCCGGGUCGCAGUCGACUAUAACCAGAUGGCGACCGCGCAGAAGCUGCUCCUAUUCUGGCGGAAACCUGCGCGGAAAUGCUGGUGGGACGGCAUCGAAAUUGAGAUCCAGGACAGCGAAGGCGCCGCGCAGCAGGUGAAGCUGUGGGCGCGGCGAGUGUGGACGCUCGAGCUCAGUUUGGUUUAGCACUCGUCGAUCUGCCGGAUGUCGUUAUCGGUCCGCUGCUUCCACUCCUUUCUCUGCCUAUCUUCCGUUCGUUUCUCUCCUUCUCUUGUGCAACAUCGAUAUACCCGUCAUCUGCAAACUAUAUCACGCACGUAUUUCAUCUAAUUCACGGUGUCCGCUGUAUCAAGGCAAUACAUGAUCUGCCAGGGGAAUCUGC